GUCGGGAAGGGCUGUUGCGCUGCCCUCAAGGCCAUGGGCUCCAUCGUCUACGUGACCGAGAUCGAUCCCAUCUGCGCCCUCCAGGCCUGCAUGGAUGGAUUCCGGCUCGUGAAACUCAAUGAAGUCAUCAGACAAGUUGACAUCGUCAUCACCUGCACAGGCAACAAGAACGUGGUGACCAGGGAACAUCUGGAUCGCAUGAAGAACAGCUGCAUCGUCUGCAACAUGGGGCACUCCAACACCGAGAUCGACGUGGCCAGCCUGCGCACGCCCGAGCUGACCUGGGAGAGGGUGAGGUCCCAGGUGGACCACGUCAUCUGGCCGGACGGGAAGAGGAUCGUCCUCCUGGCGGAGUGGCGUCUCGCUCCGUUGCGGGCACCGCUUGCUUACCUCAGUGUCUUCUCCACCCAGGCUCUGGCUCUGAUAGAGCUGUACAACGCUCCCGAAGGCCGCUACAAGCAAGACGUCUACCUGCUGCCUAAGAAAAUGG